AUGGUAAAGGGCAUACUUUAUAAAACAUUCCCACCUCCGCCAUCAGAUGCCGAAGAAGAACAGAGUCCAGAUAUACCAGGGCAAGGCGAUAGCGCUGAACCAUCGCAACAAGACUCGUCUUCUACUGGACAACCACAGCCCAGUGGAGGUUGUGAAGCAAUGGAGCAUUCAUCAGAGCCUCUUGCUCAGACUGGCGUAACAAACCCAGCCCUAGUGGAUCCCUCUACGGACGCAACGGGGCGUUCGUCUGAGCCCCGGACUGGCGUUGCAAACCCAGCCCAGGAAGGACUCUCUACAGAAGUAAGGGAGCAUUUACCGGAACCCCUUGUCCAGGCUGGAGAAACAAAUGCAGCGCUAGCGGAUUCUUCUGCAGAAGCAACAGCGCUUUCACCAGAGCCCCAGACUGGCAUAACAAGUCCAGCUCCGGCAGAGCCUUCUACAGGGCCAACUCAGUCCACCGCAGAAACCGGGAUGCAGACGAACGCUUCACAGGGAGGGCGUCCAAAUCGCACCACCGCUGCACCCAGACUUGUGGCUUCGGGGAUCGCGGAACCAACUGACGGCCCAGUGCCAGAAACACAAUCAGAGGAACCCCGUGGAAGGACACGUCAUCGAGGCGAACAACCGAGACGUUUCCCGUCUCCUCCGGUAGAGGACCCAAAUGUCGCCGUAGUAGGGAAGCAGGGUGGAAUUUUGCCCACUCCUGUUGCUGGUGAAGAACCAGCAGCCCUAAGAGCCAUAUUACCGAAUUAUGUGCACCCCAGAGAAAUCCACUCCGUUCAGCUUCCACCCUGUGCAGCAUUCAGGGAAGCACACAAUGUAAUAGCACCUGAUUUCGAGUCGUUUUUGCAAAAGGUUUUAGACGAUGCGUUCGCAGCAAUUGCUCGAAGGGUUCCAUCUACCGAACCUGAUGACAUUUAUCCUAGGCCACGGCGCUCCCCUGGCUGCAAGGCCAAGUGUUACUUCUCCCACCGCCGUAUAAUCAGGGACCCUGAUCCAGCGUGGGCGAAUGAGCUACGUGAACAGCAGGGUGAAUUCAGCAGAGACCAGGAAGAGGAUUGGUUUGGUAGGAGGUCUGUACAUAAGAAUAAGAGGACUUGUGGUAAUGCGUCUUUUGAAGAAAUCAGAGAGUACUGGAAGAACCGGCAUACUGCACACCUUCCCGAGUACGUGCCCGGAAUUCAAGUGACGAAUAUACAUAGGUACAAUUGCGAGGGCGUACAACUAGUCAACUGGAGAGACGUUACUGCUGAAAUUUGCUGGAUCGAACGCCGCUCAGGCCUUUGUUCUUCGCAGCGUCUUUUCCCUGUUAUGGUCAUCACUGCUGCAAGAGCUUAUAACCCAGCCCUCGAGGGGCGUCCGGACGCUCAGCUGCCAACUUAUGAGGAGACCGCUGACCCCCGUCGCCCAAGGCAAACCUAUGCGGACGUUCCACCAGAGGGAAGCCCAGGGCAUCCCGGAAAUGGCAAUAAUACAUCAACUGAACCUACGAGCUCUCGAGUGUCUCAACAUGGCUCUGUUGAAGCUGAAAGCUCCAGGAGCUUCCGGACUGCGCCAACCGGCACUGGGAGCUCAAGGGGUGUUCUGUCCACACCGACUGAAGCCAGGAGUUCAAGAGGAUUACAGGAUACGCCUGCGUCAGCUAGAAAUUCGAGAGAUGUUAAUUCUCCCCAAACUACGCUAGCCGAGGCCGGGAGCUCAAGAGAUGUUCUGUCCACACCAACUGAAACCGGGAGUUCAAGGAGAUUACUGGGUACACCCGCUUCCGCUGGUAGGUCCAGAAAUGCUAAUCCUCUCCAGACCACGCCGGCUGAACCUGGGAGCUCAAGAGACGUCCAGGUCGUACCCGAUGAAGCUGGCAAUUCAGACAACGCCGGUCAGCCUGCGGAAGCAAGGAGACUCAGGGAUAUGCAACCUCCGGAGGCCAGGCCUGACCCACAGAAUCCAUCUAGAGGUGUCCCAGAAGGAUGGCUGGACUCCCUGUUUGUUGUGCAUCUUCCUGUCCGGCAUCAAUGCAUUCCUAGACAACCAAGGGCACAUCGUGUCAAGCGGACACUUUUCCCGUUGUAUGCCUCGGUUGGGAUGGUGAAAGAUCUAGGCAUGGAGAGGGGAAAGGAUCGUGGGACAUUCGAGUGGUUGAUGACAGUUUCAGCAAAACCACAAAGUAGACUACUUUUUCCACGCUGGCUGACGAACUUGUAUAUUGGUAUGCCACAUCUCAUCAAGGAUGAGCCGGGAGAAUUCAUGAAGAUGCUUACUUGGCGCCGCAUCAAUCCAAGAAUCCCACGGACAAAGUCUUUGAUCGGUUGGUAG